GAGGAAAAUGGCCCAAACUACUGCACGAGCAACAUCCAUCUGUGAUGAGGACUCCUCUGAAAGCAGAAUGGUGGUUACAUUCCUCAUGUCAGCACUUGACUCAAUGUGUAAAGAACUUGCCAAGUCCAAGGCAGAAGUUGCCUGUGUUGCUGUGUAUGAAACAGAUGUGUUUGUUGUUGGAACUGAGAGAGGAAGAGCUUUUGUCAAUUCUAGGAAGGAUUUUCAGAAGGAUUUUGUAAAAUACU